UAGAUCUCUUGAAGAGGGCUGGUAUAUUUGUGCCUGCUGGAGGUGGAAUUCACAGUAAGAAGGAGCAAGAGAUUGAAUGGAUUUACAGGAAAGAGUUCAUGUAAACUCAGGGAAACACAUUUACAUGACAAGUACAACCUUCAGUCUUAUUUUACACUAAGACGGUACAAAAGAUGGUAAAGUUAUCACCAAGCUGCCGGACAAAUAUAUAUUCCAACACCAAGGUGCAGAUCUGCAUAGAUUUGUGAUUCAGAAGUCAGCAUUUGUCUGGAAAAGAGCACAAAAGUCGCGAAGACUCCAGCAACUGAAGACACCUUGGGAGCUACAGUGUAUCAGAAGAUCAGCUUUCGUUAAUUCAGACACCAAAGGCCUGGUUAUCCUCAAUUUGUAUAGGAAUGCAUAGGCCAUCUGAUCAAGUAAUAUUAGCCGUCAUCUGCUCCAUCAGUGCAGGAAAAGCUCUUAACAACUGUGGAUAAUUGGAAAUCCGAGUUUCAGCUUUCUUAGAAAUAACUACUUUUGACACAUUCCAAAAUAUUUAAAAUAAGGCAGGAAAAUCAAGGAGAAUGUUGUGUUCAGAAAUGUCACUGUCAUGAAGAAUAGGUAAAUUUGUUUUCACAGCUACUGGGAAAGCAUACCUCCUAGGAAUUUACGAUAUUUUUGAAAAGUGGACAAGAAAGACUUAAAAUACCAACUUCUGCUUUUGGACAAAGAUGCCUCUGACUGUGCUUUUACUCAGGGGCGUUGUGGGCUUCCUGGGGAGCUGCUGGCCGCUGGUGGGCUCGGCUGCUGGAGGUCUGGGAGAGGAUCACGUCCACUCCAGCUUUAUUUAUAGAAGACUACGGAACCACGAAAGACGGGAAAUCCAGAGGGAAAUUCUCUCUAUCUUGGGUCUGCCUCACAGACCCAGACCUUUUUCACCUGGAAAACAAGCGUCCUCUGCACCUCUGUUCAUGCUGGACCUGUACAACGCCAUGGCCAGUGAAGACAACCCCGAAGAGUCCGACUACUCCACGAGGGCAUCGCUGGCAGCAGAGGCCAGAGGGCAGAGGAGAGGGCACCCGGCCUCUCCCAAUGGGUACCCGCGCCGCACACAGCUAUCACGAGCCACGCCGCUGACCACCCAAAGCCCUCCCCUGGCCAGCCUCCAUGAUACCAGCUUUCUGAACGAUGCUGACAUGGUCAUGAGCUUUGUCAACUUAGUUGAAAGAGACAGGGAUUUCUCUCACCAGAGAAGGCAUUACAAAGAAUUUAGGUUUGAUCUGACUCAGAUUCCUCAUGGAGAAGCAGUGACAGCAGCAGAAUUCCGGAUCUACAAAGACAAGAGCAACAGUCGAUUUGAAAAUGAAACAAUUAAGAUUAGCAUAUAUCAAAUCAUCAAGGAGUACGCGAACAGGGAUGCAGAUCUGUUCCUGUUGGAUACGAGGAAAGCCCAAGCUAUAGAUGUGGGUUGGCUUGUCUUUGAUAUCACUGUCACGAGCAAUCACUGGGUGAUUAAUCCACAGAACAAUUUGGGCUUGCAGCUCUGUGCAGAAACUGGGGAUGGACGCAGUAUCAACGUGAAAUCCGCUGGGCUUGUCGGAAGACAUGGGCCUCAGUCCAAACAGCCAUUCAUGGUGGCCUUCUUCAAGGCAAGCGAGGUUCUCCUUCGAUCCGUGAGAGCGGCCAGCAAACGGAAACAUCAAAACCGCAAUAAAUCCAGCUCUCAUCAGGACUCCUCCAGGAUGUCCGGUGCUGGAGAUUAUAAUACGAGUGAGCAAAAGCAAGCCUGCAAGAAGCACGAGCUCUACGUGAGCUUCCGGGACCUGGGCUGGCAGGACUGGAUUAUAGCACCAGAAGGAUAUGCUGCAUUUUAUUGUGAUGGAGAAUGUUCUUUUCCACUGAAUGCUCACAUGAACGCCACCAACCAUGCCAUUGUUCAAACCCUGGUCCAUCUGAUGUUUCCUGACCAUGUGCCAAAGCCUUGCUGUGCGCCAACCAAAUUAAAUGCAAUUUCUGUCCUGUACUUUGACGAUAGCUCCAAUGUCAUUUUGAAAAAAUAUAGAAACAUGGUCGUUCGCUCAUGUGGCUGCCACUAAUAUUAAAUAAUUACAAUAAUAACCAAAGGACUCAUGUUAAGAUUUAUGACUACAAUAAAGAGCAGUCUAAAGGGUGAUUUCCAAAAUUAGUCUGAAUUAUUUUAUCUUCAUAUGUAUAGCAUGUAUAUGGUCAUUUUUAUUUAUUUGAAAGUAUGUAUCUUCCUUUUACAGAUGCCUUACCAGUAAGAUCUGUUUUUAGUUCACUGUUAUAAAAUAGAUCAUGAGUCUAACGUUUAGUGGGAUACACUGAGUCUAAUUUUAUUGCUUCAACGUUUUUCAAAUAUAAUUUUUAUGUAAUUUUGUGAGACUAAACAGAACUUUUUUGACUGUUUAAUAUUGUUGAAGGAAACUGAAUACAUUUUCUUUCUUUCUUUCUUUCCUUUUUUUUUUUUUUUUUUUCAGAACCGGGGAUUGAACUCAGGCCCUUGCGCUUGCCAGGGAAGCGCUUAUUCCACUGAGCCAUCUCCCUGGCCCCUACAUUUUCUUAUAUUGUGCCAAUGAAAACCAUAAUAGGAUAUUUAUUUAGAAAUAAAAUUUAAAAAAAUAACCAAAAAAUAGGCUUGAAUAAACACAAUUUUUCUCUCAGACUUUCUGCUUCAUUAGAUAAAGUAAACCGUUGAACUGGAUUUGAAUAACUAAAUGGUAUGCAGCACAUAGAAGCUGAGACUGCCCUUCAUUGUUGUAACUUUACUUAAAAGAGUUAGUGGGACUGCAGGAGUAUAUUCCUUCUUGGCUUGUGGACUCAGGAUUUUACAAGGAGCUCAAAGCUGCAAGAAUUCUGUGGAGAUGGGCUUAGCUGUGUCCAUUACUUUUCGAAUUAACCCUAAAAAAUUGUAGUACAACCUUCUUACCUCAAAUAAAUCACGCAUAUCUGCAUUAUCUAGAACACUACUGCUGCAGAUGUUUUUUCAGAUCCAAAACCUUCCUCUAAGGUGAAGAAACCUGUCCGAGCGCUCCCUCCAUGGCAAGGUCCCCGCGUGCCUGCAGCGCAGCGCGCCGGAGCGGGGACGCAGACCCGGCCGGCUUCUCUGCUCUCUUUUAUAACCGAACUUGUUGGUCGAUGUGCUACAAGGGAUCUUACUGGGGGUAAAAUUACUGAAACCAAGCUGAAGGAAAUUACCAAAACCCCAGACUGGCUUGGACAAAGCUGCCAUUUAAAGAGAAUGGCUGAGAUCCGUUUUUGUACCUGUGAGAGUGAACUCAAUGAAAACCGCAUUUUGUGAAGAGACUUUGCAAACCUCCCUCCAAGCACCAAGACUCCAAAGGGGAGGUCCUCUUGUGAUGUGUGCAUAAGUGUUCUUGCCUCAGAAGUUAUUUUAUUUUCUCUCUAUUGAAAAUCUUCUAGAGGCUCAGGAUUGGCUCGGUGGUAGA